GGACUGCUCAACAUACGUUCAAGGAACGUCAGAGAAAGCUUCCACGGCGCGUAACAACGUCACUUGGUCUAUUCGCGGUAACGCGGUUCCCGACAGUUCACCUCCGAGACGCGCCAAGCUGCCAUCAAGAUGUCGACUUCAUCCCUCAAGCCAGAAAUACUUAUUUCUCGUCUAUCCCACCGCCCCUGCCACCUCAUCGGAGCCAUGAUCACGAUAAGCGACCCCCCGAAACCUCGGGCGCUGGCGGACCGUCUGUGGACCCACCGCGUCUCAUCACUGGGCAUACUCGAUCGGCUCCCGCCGGAAAUCAUGUGGAUGUUCCUUGACUUGCUCGAUAUCCAAUCAAUUGCGCGUUUUGCCAUGGUUUCUAGCAGAGGCAAUACGGUCGUUCGAUCACAUCGUCCAUACCGAGACCUGGUCACGUUUGCUCCGCAUGUCCUUGCGGCUUUCGGCAGAACAGGCCUGAACGGUCUUCAUUCCGUCGCAGAACUCUACGCGGCUUUGCAAACGGAGCGGUGCGCAAAAUGCAAGGAAUAUGGCGCGUUUCUGUUCCUUCCGACCUGCGAGAGAUGCUGCUGGGAAUGCCUCCUUUGCAACCCGUCAUUACGGAUGGUUACACCAAAGGAAGCAAAGAGAUAUUUUGGCCUUUCGGAGCGUUAUCUUCAUCGUCUCCCUACCCUUUCCGUUAUCCCUGGAAACUAUGGCAUAUGUGGCGACCCUGCACCGGAUCCCUGCAAACUGGUUAGUGUCAAAGCCGCGAGAAGCCUCGGACUGAUGGUACACGGAUCGGCAGAAAAGCUAGCACAGGCUAUGGCGAGGAGAUGCAAGUCCACAUUGGCCCUCAUUGUCGGUCGAUACCUCCAGGGCGAGCCAGCGGUGGCCCAAGAUCAGGAUCUUCUAUUAAUGCCAUGUCAGGGCAAUAUCCCGACUGAUAACUUCUUCGGCAUGGCUUCCAUUCCAUUCCCUUCGCUUUCAAGGUCAGGCAGGGUUGAGGAUGGUCUGUGGUGUAAGGGUUGCGAAGUCACCGUUCGAGAACACGAUAGAGGCCGCUUACCUGGGGAUGUGCUUGCGGCUGUGGUGCCUCCGGAUUGCGGGCCAAACAGGGUACUUGUAGGCUUGGAACGGCGCGCUCGGUCGAGAGAGUCAUUCCUAGAGCACAUUAAGCACUGCUACGGCGCAAGGAAACUGGUUGCUGAAUUGAAGACAGGGAACAGCUGAAUUUGGACAAUCUUCAGAAAUAUGCGAAAGCUACCUGGUAAAAAUACCUAAACAGCAGUUCUACGGAUGAUGACGACACUCAACAUGUAUCAAUACUGUCACUGCG